AGGUUAUGUAAUCUCAUUUGUUUAUUUUUUUGGUCCUUAAAGCUUCUUAUAUUUUAAAAUUCACUUAAUUCAAGUCAAAAAAUCUGUGCAGAAAUCGCCAAAAUCGUUCAUUGAAUAGAACAUUAAAAUCAUGAGUGAAUAUGAAGACGACUUCAAGAAAAUGUAUGUGUUCAAGAUAACAGGACAGUGUGUUUUGCCAAAUUCUACUUUUGAAUCCCCAAAAUGGACCAUAGCUGAAUUGCAAAACAGAAAAAAGGAACUAAACAAGGUGAAAGGCUUACUCAGUAAAUACAAACUGAAAAUUUGGACUAAGCAUACAGCAAAUCGUGAUAGAGCUGGAUUUGUGAUUAAGAAACUAUCAGAGAACAUUCAACCAGAACUUUUAACCCAGGCAUGGUGUAAAUUUUAUGAAAUUCUAGGACAAUUCCCAAUAGUACCAUUAUGUGCUGUUGACCAGAAAAAGCUACAAAGCUUACAUUUAUGUGAAGCCCCUGGUGCAUUUGUAUGUGCACUGAAUCACUACUUAAAAGUGAAUUUUCCAGGUUUGGAUUGGGAAUGGAUGGCCAACACACUAAAUCCAAAUUAUGAAGGUAAUGAAUUGUCUCAAAUGAUCCCUGAUGAUAGAUUCAUUAGUUGCACACUGAAACACUGGCACUUUGGAGCAGAUUUUUCAGGUGAUAUUACACAAUUUUGUAACCACAAACAAAUUCUGGAAUACUACAAAAGAAAUGGAAAGAAGGUAUCUUUGAUAACAGCAGAUGGUAGUGUAGAUUGUAUGAAAGAUCCAGGGGAACAGGAAAGGCAUGUAGAGCAUCUUCAUUUUUGUGAAACCAUGACUGCACUUGCAAUUCUACAGAAAGGUGGGGCAUUUGUAUUGAAAAUCUUCACUAUUUUUGAAGAGAGUACCAUCAACCUCCUGUUUCUUCUCAAUUGUGUAUUUGAAAAGGUAACCAUUUUCAAGCCAUGUUCUUCCAAAAGUGGAAAUUCAGAAGUAUAUGUUAUCAACACAAAAUACAAGGGAUUCAGUAGCUUGGAAAAAUUGUGGGUUAAAUUGUCUAAUGUAUACAAAGAUAAGACUUUAUAUGAUACAAAAUCCAUGUUCCAUUCAAGUAUUAUUCCAACUGAUUUUUUCACAGAAAUAUCUCAUUGUACAGAUUUUUUCAUGGAAAAACAGACCCAGACUAUUUUGGAUAACAUUUACCACUUUGAACACAAGAGUUUUGAUAAUGUUUACAUAACAAAGUCCUUCAUAGCUCAGAUAUACAUGACAAAGUAUGAUCUGAAACCUAUUCCAAAGGAGCAAAAAAUUGUACCAAUUAUAAACAUCACUGACAAUUGGAGGGUGCAUAGGACAGUCAAGAUAAGAGGUUUUAUGAAAGUUUCUAUGGAAGACCUGAAACAAAUGUGUUCAAAAUCUACUGACAUAUUACAAAUUGAGAUAGGCAAGCAAAUUACUGAGGUAAAAAAUUCCAAAUUCACACACAGGGACAAUCUGACAAAAAUACCCCAUAUGUUCAAAAAUAUAAAAAAAUCUACCCAAUUAUAUUCUAAAUUAUUAAAUUUGUUAAAUAAAAUGAAUGUUGUUAUAAACGUGGAUGAUUUUAGUUUACAACUAUUCCAUAGAUUUCAAAGAGCUUUGUUUCAAGAAAUUUUUCAAAAUAUCAGUCAGGAAAAAAAUUUCAUAUUCAUAAAUAUACCAUUUAUUUCCCAUUUCCUAGUAGGUUUAUUGUAUAUUUUGGUUUUUGCUUAUGAAAGUGUCCAUUUUGGAAGUGGUAUCAUAAUUUUAAGCAAACCCAUUCCCCAUCAAAUUGCUAAUGUGAAAAAUAUAUUAUCUGAGCUUGACUUGAACUUCUACAAUUUGGAUCAGCUGAACAAAGAAAGUAAUUUCAAUAAGGAUAUUAUCCAAAUUGUUUCUCCAAAUUUACUUGACACCAGUUGUUUGAUAGAGACCAUUUGGAAUUACAAUAACCAGUUGUUUUGUCAAAAUCAGUGUUUUGUCAGAACUGUACAUUCCUUUGAUAUCAAAAGACUGAAAACUUGAUUACCACAGUAAAGAUCCACCAUUUCAUGUUUUAUGUAUUGAAGUAAGUAAUGUUGGUCUGAAUAAAAAAAUCAAUUGAA